AUGCCCAAUGGCGACGGAAGUUCGAACAGCGCGACAAACGGAGGUAGCGACAAACCCCGACGCGCCCGGACGGUGUUCACGUACGAACAGCUGGUGGCGCUCGAGAAUAAGUUUCAAGGUGUGCGAGUGGCAACCCUGGCGCUGUCGCUGUCGCUCACCGAGACCCAGGUGAAGAUAUUGUUCCAGAACAGGCGGACCAAGUGGAAGAAGCAGAACCCCGGGCUGGACGAGAACAGCCCGACGGUGCCGCCGUUCUUCCACCCGCUGGCCUACUCCAUCGCGCACCACUACCAGACGCAAAGUUACUCGACCGCCGCGUACUUCCACUACCUGGACGCUCAACACUCCACGAUCGGUGGCCACCAUCCGCCGUCGUAA